AUGCUGCAUAACGUGUUUCGCAUCAUUGGCCUCGGCCUGACCGUCUACUCAUUUCCCCCUCAACUGCAGCUCACCCAUUCCAGCAAGGACACCUCAGGCCUGUCGCUCUUUUUCGUCGUCCUCAACACCAUCUGCGCCACGGAACAGCUCCUCGUCGGUCUGAUCUACAUCAGCCUUCCCCAUGGCGCAGACUUCUUCAUCGAAAACCCCAAGUCCUGGGGCGAACUUUUGCCAACUCGCCACUGUCUGGGUGCUUUUCGUUCUCCAAUCUACGCGGCAACUCUCUACGGCAUCUUCCUCGCCAUCUCCCUCGCACCAGGGGCGUUGCUCAUCGUGUUGCUCUACCAAGACCCGGACGCCGAUCUCACGCACGCGAUCUUCAGCGGCUGCCAUCUUCUGUACGUCAACCCGGCGGUGCCGUGGCUAGGUCUGGGGGCGUUUCUGUGUCAGGUGGUUACCUUGAUUCGCUCAGGGCCCCAGCACCCAAGUGGCAUCAGUGUGCGGGGGCUGGGUGCUCAGGCGGCUGUGUUUCUGCUGCUCGCGGGGACCUGGCCAUUUCGGGUCACCUGUCCACCUUUCCCAGAAGACUAUCCGCUGUCUUGGCCGUUGGUCUAUGCCUGGUUCCUGUGGGUGGGGUGGCCGGCGGUGGACAGUCUAAUUUUCGCGGUCGGACAGGGGCUCUUGUUCUUGCUGGCGGCGCGGAGACGUGCUGUGGUCGGCACUUUGGAGGCGAUCGCAGGGGAAACUGAGCCUUUGUUGGCGAGCAGGUAG